AUGAUUUCACUUACUUUCAGCGACGCACAUCCGAGUUUUUGGGAAGGUUUGGGCCGCGGUGUGAGCGAGGGAUUGGACUGGGCUUUCGACGGCUAUAACUGGUACAAUCACGGAGCUCGUCCAUUCAUGCACGAGAAAUGGCACACCGCUGUCGGCCACUUCAAUCGCUGGCGGGGCGACGAGGAUGCAUCCCGCAACAACUUUGAUCGCGCCAGCUAUGAGAGGGCUCAGAUUUGGAAUGCGAGAAGAAGAGCU